CAUCUUCUUCCGGAAGACUCCAUCAUCGACUAUCAUGGCGCUAGCAAGAAGUGUCUACAAUCUGCUUUUCAGAAGAACGUCAACUUUCGCCAUAACCAUCAUGGUGGGAGCUGUUUUCUUCGAGAGGGUGUUUGACCAGGGAGGAGAUGCAGUAUUUGACAACAUAAAUGGGGGGAAACUUUGGAAACACAUCAAACACAAUUAUGAGAAGGAGGAAUAAAGCUUGGCUUUGUUAAAGUUGGAAUCUUAAUUCUACCAUCAUCCUUUCCUGAUGUGACCACAUUGAAUCGGCGGCCGGCUUUUGUUGUGUCCUGCAGCAGCGGUGUUCCAUCUUCCAGCUGGAUUGGCUGGGCACAUAUACAGAAACUCUAGAAAUUCCAAACCCUGAUAACCUGUCACAUGCCCACCGAUUAUUGUGCGAUGUGUCACAUUGUACAUGAUAUAUAAUUGUGUUGCUAACUUAAAUUCUGUGUGAAUAAACCCGACAACCCAUA